AUGUGGCAAUAUUUUAUCCUCAACUUUGAGGAGAGCGAGCAAAAUAUCUCGCUCGCCAACAACGUUCGAUACUCGCUGCCGUUUCCAUUGGUGUCUGCUUUUGUGGAAUUCGUGCGCCACGACUUAAAGAAGAAGAGUGACCGAGCGAAGAAAUGGAUCACAGAAGACCGGAAAGUGAUGCCUGGUGCCUUGAAAGCAUACGACCAACAACUCCAGCAGCGCAACCUCACCGACGACGAGCGCGAGGCCAUCCUUCGGGAGGUCUUGCUUCGCAGCAACGGCAGCUACAUGACCAGGCUGCCGAAAGGUUUCAGCAGGAGCUGGCGCACAAGUACAAAGCCGUCAUUUGAUUGGUCCUGA